GUUAGCUUCUGUUUUAAUCUAAUGAUGUUUUAUCUCAGUCUGGCGCUUUCGGAAUUCUAUAUGGUUGUCUUUAGCUGUAUUCCCCUGAUAACUAAAGGGUUAUCAAGCGCGCGAGUGCUACCGCUCGACGUAAAACGUGGCGGACAAGACUUUAGUGCUGUGUCUUGCUCUAACCGCCACUUUCCAUGGGUAUUUUUGGAUGGGACGUAGGCCACUGUAACGCGUGUUUCCUAGUUAAUCAACAACACACUGCCAGAGUCUUUAGUUUUGGUUUCGUGUUGCCGCACCGGUAACGUUCACACCGCAUUCGCGGAUUAACUUUUAUACGCGCCCGCACCUGAUGGAAAAAGCGCGAAAGUUUAUGAUGAGUGGAGUGCGUUGGGAUCACCCCACCCCUAAAAAAGUUCUCAUUCAGCAGAAAAAGUGUUGACACGUGUUGCCUGGCAACCAACCGUCGCGUGCAUUUUUUUUCCGACUCUCACACGCGCCAGGUUCUUUUUUAUUUUUAUUGUGUUUGAGUGCAAACAUGUCGAUAUACAAAAAAGGAUUCCUGUGGUGUCACUUGAGACUUUUCAAAAACUAAAAUCAAAAACCAAACGAAAAUGCACUUGACCAACACACAACAAACUGCCGCUGCGGCCUCACCGGAAACUUCGACAGUCAACGAUACCUACACGAAAAUGACCUCGGAUAUUCUGGCGGAACGGACGCUGAAUGACUUCUUGUCGGAACAUCCUGGUGAACUAGUGAGGACCGGUAGUCCGUUGUUUGUUUGUACAGUGCUACCUCCUCAUUGGAGGUCGAACAAGACGUUACCGGUUGCGUUCAAAGUGGUCGCGCUCGGUGACAUUAAUGACGGUACCGUGGUCACCGUUAAAGCCGGUAACGACGAAAACUAUUGUGCCGAAUUGAGGAAUUGUACUGCCGUUAUGAAGAAUCAAGUGGCGAAGUUUAACGAUCUUAGGUUUGUGGGAAGAAGCGGAAGAGGCAAAAGUUUUUCGUUAACGAUAAUGGUAUCGACGUCGCCGCCUCAAGUAGCCACCUACAAUAAAGCUAUUAAAGUUACUGUUGAUGGUCCUAGGGAGCCGAGAUCCAAAACAAGACAACAACAACAGUUCCAUUUUGCUUUCGGACAAAGGCCUUUCCCGUUCGCCACAUCGGAUCCGUUGUCUGGAUUUCGAAUGCCACCAAUAGGGAAUUGUAAUAAUAUGACUCAAUUUGGUCUAACAACAACUAACUCGCAUUGGGGCUACAGCGCAGCAGGUGCUUACUCUCCCUAUUUUACUCCUAGCACUUUAGGUUCUUGCGCAGCAACCACUACGCAGUUUAACACUCCCGCUUUAGGAUUUUCAGGAGCUACUCCCGAUCAAACCACUGCGCAAGAUGCUUUUACUACUAGUUCGACUGUUAGCACUUUACUUCCCGAUUCAACUUCAACCACAGACCUCGAUCAACACUUAGGACUAAUAUCAUCACAAAACCACUCCAGCCAUCCACAAUCAACCUCCCACCCAUCAGCCCUAUUAGUACCAAGAUACUCAACGAACCACACAGAUUUCAGCCUAUCAGGUCCAAGAUCCCUAUCGGAUAAUUCGAGUGCGGCCGAUAGUCCCGUCCAAGAUGAUUUAACUUCAAUUGGAGUCAACCACAUCAACAAUUCGAGCAGUACCAACUUCCCUUUGCACCAAAACAUGACUCAAUCGUCCUAUUCGUCCAGCAAUUGUAAUAAUUCAAUCUACCCGGUACUACCUGGACUGUUGUACUCGCAACUUUACUCAGCAGCCAACCAUCAUCAGCCUCACAACUUUCACUCGUUGCAUACUCACAGUGCGCAGUCUCACAACGAUUUGCAAAGUGUAAUGGAUCAUUUAUCGACCAAUACAUCACAGCGUCAAAUGAACGGUGGUACUGCUGAUUUGCUUUUGAAUAAUGGUACUUGUGCGGCGGCUGCGCAAAGACAGGACGAUGGUAGAGUGUUGAGUAGUAAUGGGCCUAGAGGGCCUACUGGACAAAACGGGGAUGCUGUCGUUUGGCGACCUUAUUAAGUUUUGUGUUUUUGAUUGUGAUAAUUUUUGUGCAAUAAUUUGUUGAAUGAGGAAAUUUACUAACAAAGUUCAAAAUGUGUUCGAGAAGUUUAAGGCAUCAAUCGUACUAAAGUGAUUUUGAGAAGCAGAACGAUGAAGGUACCUAAUUAGAAGGGAAUUUAGUUUGGAACCACUUUGGUACUACUUAAGCUAACUUCACGAGCAUAUAAGAUUUAUUAUUUUUCUCAGUUGUUUUCCGCAUUUCUGAAAAGUUGCCGAUGUUAAUUUUGACUUUUUUCAGAUCUGAAGGAAUGAUUCUACAAGCCAUUUCUGAUAUUUUGUUGCCGAGAUUGUGGUACUGAAUACAUAAUUAAGAAAACGCAAAGGAAAGUCAAUUCCAAGUAAUAUAGAUACAAAUUUGAAAAUAAUUUGGUACAAAUCUCCUCCUGGGUUAAAGAUAGAACAUUGAUAAAAGCUUUCCAAAAGCAAAACAUCGGCAACUUUUCAAUUUUAAACCAGCUAUCAUCUAAAAUCUAGGACACACUGCAAAUUGUUUAUUAUUUGUUAAUUUCCAGAAGUAAAAUUUGAUAAUUUGCGUCAUCAAAGUGCAAAUCCAUGUAAAUAAAAUGGAAGUUUUAAUGAUGUAUAAAUUACUCAUAGUUUUGGAGACGUUUUCUUUUGGCUCCUAAAUAAAAUGCUUGAUAAAAAUUGAUUUUAAUUAUUGUAAAAAGUGAAUUUGUUGAAAAUUGUUUUCUGUUUAUUCUGUAAAAUAAAUAUUAUUAUUAUAAAAAUAUGUAUUACUGAA